UGGGCUAAUCCACGCCAGUGGACUUGAAACACGCUUUGGGUUGCUGUAUGUUAAAGGACACCAAGAAUCACUUGACGAUUGGUUUGUGAGCAUAAUGGCAUCUACAAACAAAAUCACUGAAAUAAUUAAAAAACAUGGAGUAAGCAAACAACGUCUCCUGGAGGAGAUAAACAGAAAGCGUGAAUCCAACUGCUUGGUGGAACGAAGCAAUGAAGUCAGCUUACUGAGAGCUCAAAAGAGGCACUUCCCAGGUGCUUAUCAGUCCUCUACUUAUACCACAGCCAAAGAGCCUGUUCCUGAAAGCGGCAGGAGCUCCUGGGUCAAGCUGAGUCUCCUUGCUCACGUGGAGAGGAAGCACUUUCCACCAAAAAAUAAUGCCAUAUUUGGAUAAAGUACAUCUCCAGACACACACAGAAAUACAUUCUCUUUGAUCCUUCUUCAGUGUCUAAAUUAUUUACAAAUAUUUUAAUUAUAAACAAAGCUAAACAAAA